UUUAUUCUAUGGUUUCCCUUCUCUAAUGACUACCAAUAUUUCAUGGAGUCUUGCGUUUGUUGUGAAAGUACGGCGGCUGUGAUUGUGUCUUCCGAAUAUUGAACUGUCCCGUAUUAUUUCGUGUAGCAUUAUCGGAUAACUUUCGCUGACCGACGUGUUGGCGUGUUCUUUAUGAAAACAAGUUACUCGGCGUGCCAACGGGUUGUGGUGCAAAUAGUUGUAAAUCACAUGACUGACCAACUGCUUUCCCGACGGUGUUUGUGUACAAGCCAUCCAGCGUGAGACAAACCCCAUGAUUGAAGUCGACCACCAAUGACCUGCUGAUUCAUUACAACCUAGGGUCUCCGCGAUAUAGCUUGAAUUUAACUCGCACUGUGUUGUCAUGAGUAAGCAGCUGUGAGUGGCACAGUUGUUAAAUACUGUGAUGGAUACCAGCUUACUAGGUUUUGAUUCCUUAGACUCAUUUUCCAGCCGCCACACAACCAAUGGCUUCAAAGGAGCAGCUUCAGAGGCCUCUCAGACUUGCUCAAAAAAGUACAGUUUAGAUAUUGGUGCUAACUUUCUUGCUUCAGUGAAGAGUGGUUCUCACUCUUUGAACAAGGAGAUAUUGCAAGAAGGCUGAAGGAAAAAGCACUACGUCUGGAGCUUGCAGAUUGUAGGUUCAGAAGCAUAUGUUGGAAGAUAUUCUUGGAGUGCCUGCCAGACUCCAGGAGUGACUGGAUCAUUGCAACCAGAGCAAUGAGGCACAAGUAUGAAUCACUGUUGGCUAAGACAUGUCACAAUCCAAGAAUGGAACUAGAUGACCUUGACUUGACUUACAACAAUCCCCUAUCACAAGAUGAGAAAAGCCCAUGGAACCAGUACUUUGAGGACAGCGAGUUGCGAAUAAUGAUCAAGCAGGAUGUGAUAAGAACAUUUCCGGAAAUAGAAUUUUUCCAGACAUCAGAUGUCCAGGCAAUGAUGGUGAACGUUCUCUUCCACUAUGCAAGGCAGCAUCCACAGAUUUCAUACCGACAGGGUAUGCAUGAGCUUCUGGCUCCAAUCAUCUUUGUACUGCACAAUGAUCAGCAGGCAUUUCUGCAUGCCCUGGAGCUGGACUAUAUCAGAGAGUUCCCAGAUGCAUUGAGAGAUGACCUCAGGGAGCUUCUCAAUCCUGACUACACUGAGCAUGAUGCCUUCUUUUUGUUUAACCAAGUGAUGGAUGCUGUCGAAUCUUGGUACUCGUGGAAUGAGAAUUAUGUAAAGAUUGACCAGUUCAGCUUCAUGCCAUUCACCAAGACCAGCACGCUUGGUUUGCACAAUGGCCUGGGUGUGAAGCUCUGCAGGAUCAACCAGUCCAUGCUCAAGGCACAUGACUUUGCCAUCUACACACACCUGGAAAACAUGGAGAUCCCACUCCAUGUGUUUGGAAUACGUUGGCUUCGACUGCUUUUCGGACGUGAAUUCAUCCUGCCUGAACUGCUCAUACUGUGGGAUGCCAUUUUCGCUGACAGCUUGGCCUUUAACCUGGUUGAUUACAUAUUUGUGGCCAUGCUCAUUUGCAUUAGAAAGCCAUUGCUGAACUCGGAUUAUGCGAAGUGCCUGAGCUACUUGAUGAAGUAUCCAGCAGGUCGAAAUGUCACCUACAUUCUUCAGCUGGCUCUGCACUUAAAGGACGCCAAGAAAUACUUGAAACCAGGUGAACAAGAAUUUGAUGUGUACAGUCCCAGCUUGGUCACAAAGAUAUCUGGGAAAAACCUGGUGGCAGUUGAAGCCCCAAGGUCUUUUGGCAGACCUGUAGGCCGGCCCAAUACCUUGGGGAUUCAGGCGUCGAGCUCGAGAGCCAGCAGUGAACCAACGACCUUGGAGUCCGGCUCUGAAGUAUCUGAUGAGGAGAGUGCGGCUUCAAGAGGCAAGGGGCGUGCGGCACCACUGCGAUCCCAGCCUAAGCACAACCAGGUGUGGUCGUUCCGGGGCAUCAAGAAGAACCCCAUCACCCAGAGCCUGAGCCUGUUGGCCAGCAGUGGCAGUGAGGGCGACCAGCAUGACAAGGAGAUGGUCCAGCUCAAUUCCACUGUCGCUGUGCGCCAUGGCAGCAUAGAGGGGAGUGAGGUGCCACCAUGGCAGAGGCACAACUGCGUGCCAGAUAUUCAGAAAACGCCAACCGAGGAAGUCCAGCAAUUGCGCAAGCAGGUUUGCGACAUGCAGCAGGUGAUAGAUUCGUGCUGUCGCCAGAUGAGUGCUCACCUGGUGCUGCUUCAGGAGUCGGUGCUGUCACAACAACUGCAGAGAGAAGAUGAAGUCAUGCUGGCCAUUGCUCGUCUCAAAAGGGUGCGGGACACCCUCAAAGGUGCGGUCGAGUGCAUUGAUGCAGGACAGGAGGACGAUGAUGCUCAGGGGGAAUAUGUGACUGAAGGUUGGACUUUGUUGUCGAGCGAUGAACAGCUGGAACAGCAGCAGCCCAGCCUACUGGACACCGAUGGGGACUCGCUCAUCUCUUGGGACAGCCAGGAGAAAGCGAGGGAUGGUGACGGCCAUCAUCAUCAUGCCCUGGAGGCCAAAAGGAAGCUCUUCAAGGCCCUUGUGCACAAUCAGAAGCCUGCAGCCGCAGUCAGGGAUGGGAUGGCAGCCUCAUCAUUGAGCUGAUUUUGUCUUGAGUGGUCUGUACCAGAGAGUGCACCAUUGUGGACUUGUACAUGAAGUGGAAUGAAGACAGAAAGCAGCAUAGAACUUGCAGCCGUGAUGAUUUGAUCUGUGGCUUUUGCCUUGAUAGGUUGGGGGAUGUGCUUCUCUCAGCGCUUCUGUUGUGUUCAGAGUUGUGAUGAAUGGCCGAGAACUGUAAGUGCACAGUGGAUGAGAAAGGUCGGCUGACAUCUUCAUAAAUGGAUGUAUCCUUUUCAAGGCAACCUUUUCAUCCUUGGCUUAUCUUGGGGUUAAUAUGGUGAUAGCAGUGUGGCAUUGCUUGGAUGGUAGCAAUCUGUGAAAGAAAAACGCUGUAAUACCGGGAAAGAUGUACACCAGCUCUCCGUUUUCUUUAUUUUCAUUUUUAUUUUUUCUUGCAGCUUCUGUUGCAUAAAGCAAAUGUCGUAUGUUAUCAUCACAUCAGGCCCAUUGAACUAGCGCAUAACAUCUAAAGCAUGCCUUGACAAAGAGAGGUUCAUCCUGUGUGAAUGCUGACUGACCCUUCUGGAGCACUUCAUUUGGUUCAACCUUGCUCCCACUGUGCACUUGGUUGUGAUUAUUGAAGUUGCAAUCUGGACAUUGUUUUUAAUCCUUUAUGUAUAGAGAGUGUAGGUGGAGUGUAUGCAUAAGAAGGCAUGUACACCAAUUCAGGAUUGUCUGACCUAACUGUGCCUGUUAAGUGUAACACUUCUACUUGCUGGAUGUGACUGAGCAGACAAGUGGUGCUGCAGCAGAGAAGAGCUGUCAUAAUUUAGUUGUGUCAAUAGUACCUACGCCGUGGAUAGGUGGCUGGGAACAUAGUAGCAAGCAAAUUCUCAGUGGAGGCAGAGAGUGACUGAUGGUGUGUACAUGGGAUAUCCUGCUCUUGCUGAGCUCAGUCCUCGUUGAGAUCUGUAGUUUGGACUGGUGAAUCAGUGUCUUGCAACAAAACACACUGAAGGAGAGGAUAAGGACGAAAAGCUGUUUCAGUACAUUGCUUCUCCCAACUUUCAUAGCUGUAAGAUAACCUGGGUAUCUGUUUUAUGACUACUUGCUAGUUGCUAAAACUCAUACUCUGUGGACAAAUGUGAAAGGGAACUCUAAAUUUGUGUUCAAAUAACAAUUUCAGCUGUCAUCUAAGUUCGCUUUCUGCUGCCUACAACAUAGUUCUUAUGAUAAAAAGUAUGCCUGAUGGCAUUUUUCUGAUUCAGUGCAAGAAUGAGAAAAACUAUAGGCAUAUGUAAAUAUGGUGUUCCCUUUCAUAUCAUUUUAAAAAGUUUAUUUAAUAAUCUGAGGCACAACUGUGACAUUUUACAACUUUACCUUCAGCAUUGCCCAGUCAGUUUUUGUUAUGUGGAGUUGUGCCAAGAAAACUAAGACAAUUGUGUGUGCUCCUGUUAUUUUCCUCAUAUUAAUGAGUGUAGUUGACGACGAGGAGCUCUUAUUAUUUUUUUCUGGUUUGUUUUGAUGAGUAGUUAUCAACUCACAUUAGCCUUCUGUUCAUGCAAGAGAAUACUCUAAGCUAUUCCACUUGCUCGUACUUUGAGCGGCACAUAGCAAGCAGUUUAUGCAAGGUCCGCUUUAUGCUAGCUAUUCCUGCAAUGGUAGUUGAUCUUCACAUGUAGUUAUAUCAGAGAGUCAACAAAUUUAUGGCAUUGAGUGCUAAUUAAUGAAUUUGUCGGAUGAUGUAGAAUACAACUUUGAAUAAUAAAGAAAUGUCCCUUCA